AUGACCUCCCUCUUAAAGACUGUCUACGAAACAUUUGCGUCGACGGCACUCGUGCACCAAGUAACAUCAAACGCCACAUCCAAAAUGCUUCACGACGCUCUUAUCAUCGGCGCCGGUCCCUCCGGCCUGGCCACGGCGACUGCACUCUCCCGCCAGCUUUACACUACUGUCGUGUUCGACUCGGGCGUCUAUCGCAACGCCCGCGCAACAAAUAUGCACAACGUCCUCGGCUUCGAUCACGUUCCUCCGCCUGUAUUCCGCGCCAAGGCCCGAGCCGAUAUUGAAGCGCGGUACUCUGCCACCGUGACCUUUGCCGACGUCGCGGUGACCAAGACGACAAAGGUCAAAGACGGACUUUUCAAGGCGCAGGACGCGACCGGAAAGGUUUGGUUCGGAAGGAAGCUCGUGCUCGCUACGGGUGUCACCGACAUCAUGCCUCAAGAAAUCCAAGGCUACGAUGACUGCUGGGGACGGGGUAUCUAUCACUGCCUCUUCUGCCACGGCUUCGAGGAACGCGGGGCCGAGAGCGUGGGCGUGCUCGGCUACGGGAUGCUUGGGAAUAUGAAGAUGGCGAGACAUGUUUCAUACAUGGCUCGACCGCUCGCCAAGCAGGUCACCAUCUACACCAACGGAAAUGAAGAAUUCGCCUCGGAGUUAUCAGCAUCUUCCGACGCACCUUGGAAGGUCGAUUCACGCAAGAUUAUCAAGAUGCGCAUGGGCGAGGGAACAAAAGUUAUCGUCACUUUUGAGGGCGGAGAAGAAGUCACAGAAGGAUUCUUCGCCCACGCACCUUACACGAAAGCUAAUGGUCCCUUUGCUGAGCAGCUUGGGCUAGAGAUGGCGGAAAAUGGCGACAUCAAGACGUCGCAGCCGUUUGGGGAGACAAGCUUACCAGGCGUCUAUGCGGUUGGCGAUUGUGGUAACAUGAUUAAGGCCGUAGCACCAGCGGCUAGCAGUGGCUCGUUGUGUGCGGGCGGCAUGGUAGUACCGUUACAGAGUGAACCAAAGGUUGAUUUAGACGUGGAAGCCAUGGAGAAGGCACUCGGUUGA